UCGAAUGUGAUUUCACUAGUGGCAAAAUGUGGUAAAAUGUCGAAACCUAGACUGGUGACCCUCUAUGAGGCAAACAGUCGAUAGAGGUGCCUCAUAGAGGGGCUGGUCACGAGUCUAGUCGAAACCCUCGCUGUGUGAACCUGAUAUGCACCAUCACCCUAAGAUUCGAAUCAGAAUACACAAAGACCCUUCAAGAUCCUAAAGGUAACGAAAUUUUACCAAAAGUAAGGGAUCACUUGACAAAAUAACUGAUACGACGGUCUGAUGGACUCCUGCUAUGUAUAGACAGGUACAAAUCACAAAUUUUGGAAGGCGUCAAGAAACAGCACCAGGACUAGUUCAUAACACCUUAUGUACCAAUUGCCAAACAUGUCUGCAUCCACAGUUACUGAUCUACUGGUUUACCUAUCAUAUUCCAUCCUGGAAAAGCCUCUUCCCACUCGUGACUUCGCCUGAGCCACGUAUCCUAGAGAUCGGGUCCUGGGAAGGGCGCUCCGCAGUGUUUCUACUCACCACGCUCUGCGCUCAAGGCGGUGAGAUGGUCUGUAUUGACCAUUUCGACCUCAUGCGUACUCCCGCGGGACGUGAGCGGCACCACAAGCUCUCACAGAAUCUUCAACGGACGGGUCGCCCAUUUCGCAUACUCCCGCAGUUCAGCGUCCCCGCACUAUAUGCGCUCCUGGAAGAGGAGAUAGUGCGGGACGCGAGCGCUGGAUUUGACUGGGUGUAUGUGGACGGAUCGCACCGCGCAGAUGAUACACUCUUAGAUGCAGAACUUGCAUGGCGCCUCGCGCGUAAGGGAUGCAUAUUCAUUUUGGACGACUAUAAUUGGCCCGAGCAGCCCGUCGAAAGUGUUCACCAUCCCCGCCGCGGAAUCGAUGCAUUCCUUGCGCUCCAUGCAGGGGAGUAUGAACAUCUGUCUAAAACCGCAGAGCAAUACCAGAUGAUCUUGAGGAAGACCAGUGAGAUGCGAAUCGGAUUUCUCGUAGACCAGAGAGCUGAGCGGCGCUUCGCAAGCGCUCUGGGCUUAGGGAUCUAUUUGGUCCUCGCCAUCGACACCUCGUAUGCGAUGGCAGCAGCUGUUACAAUUCGCAGCGCCAUCGAAAAGACCGUGGGACGUAUGACAAUUUAUAUCGUGGACUGUGGAAUUUGUGUGGAAGACAAAGAAAAGAUUAAGUCGUCGCUUCCCGAGCGACACGAUGUUACACUAGUAUUCCUGGAUCUUCCAACUGGAAGUCUAGCUGCAGUGCUAGGCGUAACCUGGGCGAAAGUUGAUAUGAUGAAGAUCUUGCCAGUGGAGCGGGUUUUGUACCUGGACGCAGACAUGCUGGUGCGCAGGAGCCUAGAGGAGUUGUGGAACACUGAUUUGGAGGGCUCCUCGAUUGGUGCAGCGAUGGAUGUUGGAUUCCCAAUGGGUCAUGAUGGCGUCUCACGAAGGCGGUACUUCAACGCAGGCAUGCUCCUGAUUGACCUAGCAAAGGCAAGAACGCGUCUGUCUGAGCUUGAGGCUCGGGACGUGCUAAAUCUGCACUUUGCUGGCGAUUGGACCGAAGGACUCGGAACCUACGCGGAGAUUGGCUCGGCUGAUAGAGAUAUCCUGGCAUUGGGAGACAUGAAGGAUCCCGGAGUCGUGCAUUUCACAGGACCAGUUCAUCCUGAUCUUGUGGCGGUGCUCAAUCCGUUCGUGCAGCCGUACACGUCCAAACCUUGGGGUUAUGCAGGCGCACCAGGACACCCGUUCAAAGACGAAUGGUGGGGGUGGCAGGGAUCGACACAAUACCAUGAGAUGUCGAUUCAAGAUUCAAUCACGAAAUUCGAGACUCGAGUACAGUUCUACUAACUUUUCAUUUAUCGUUUGUAACAUUAGUUGGUGACUAUCGCAGUUAUGACAAAAGAUGAUCUCGACGUCGUAGUGGUUCGGAUUUCUUGUCCAGACCAUGCGUAUAACUUGAUAUUGGCAGGUUACACUGCAGCACUCUCGGGACCUCCCUACUGCCUAUGAUCUAAGCUUCACUUGGAGCGAGCGCAACACCAGACGUUGACGCAUGAGCUGAAG